GCCGAGAUGCCCGCGCGCGCAGCACGCCCCAUUGCAUCCUCCACCUUCUCCUGCUACAGGGACCCUAAGUGGCGACCAUGGGCAGACUGGGCUACUGGACCUUGCUGGUACUGCCGGCCCUUCUGGUCUGGCGCGGUCCGGCGCAGGACGCGGCGGCGGAGAAGGGUCCCCCAGCGCUGAACAUGGCGGUGCUGCUGGGUCACAGCCACGACGUGACGGAGCGCGAACUUCGAAAUCUGUGGGGCCCGGAGCAGGCAACAGGCUUGCCCCUGGACGUGAACGUGGUGGCGUUACUGAUGAACCGUACUGACCCUAAAAGCCUCAUCACGCAUGUGUGCGACCUCAUGUCCGGGGCCCGCAUCCAUGGCCUCGUGUUUGGAGACGACACCGACCAGGAGGCUGUGGCUCAGAUGCUGGAUUUUAUCUCCUCGCAGACUUUCAUCCCCAUCUUGGGCAUUCACGGGGGUGCAUCUAUGAUCAUGGCUGACAAGGAUCCGACAUCCACGUUCUUCCAGUUUGGAGCAUCUAUCCAGCAGCAAGCCACAGUUAUGCUGAAGAUCAUGCAGGAUUAUGACUGGCAUGUCUUCUCCCUGGUGACCACCAUCUUUCCUGGUUAUAGAGACUUCAUCAGCUUCAUCAAGACAACAGUGGACAACAGCUUUGUGGGCUGGGAUAUGCAGAAUGUGAUCACACUGGACACGUCCUUUGAGGAUGCCAAGACACAGGUCCAGCUGAAGAAGAUCCAUUCUUCUGUCAUCUUACUCUAUUGUUCCAAAGAUGAAGCUGUCCUCAUCCUGAGUGAGGCUCGCUCCCUUGGCCUCACUGGGUAUGAUUUCUUCUGGAUUGUCCCCAGUUUGGUCUCUGGGAACACAGAGCUCAUCCCCAAAGAGUUCCCAUCAGGACUUAUUUCAGUCUCCUAUGAUGACUGGGACUAUAGCCUGGAGGCAAGAGUGAGAGAUGGUCUUGGAAUCCUAACCACUGCUGCAUCUUCCAUGUUGGAGAAAUUCUCCUAUAUUCCUGAGGCCAAGGCCAGCUGCUAUGGGCAGGUCGAGAAGCCAGAAUCCCCCCUUCACACUCUGCACCAAUUUAUGGUUAACGUGACGUGGGAUGGCAAAGACUUGUCCUUCACUGAGGAAGGCUAUCAGGUGCACCCCAGGCUUGUGGUGAUUGUGCUGAACAAGGACCGAGAGUGGGAAAAGGUGGGCAAGUGGGAGAAUCAGACCCUCAGCCUGAGGCAUGCUGUGUGGCCAAGGUACAAGUCCUUUUCUGACUGUGAGCCAGACGACAACCACCUGAGCAUUGUCACCCUGGAGGAAGCCCCCUUCGUCAUCGUCGAAGACAUAGACCCACUGACUGAGACCUGUGUGAGGAACACGGUGCCCUGUCGGAAGUUUGUCAAGAUCAACAACUCAACCAACGAAGGGAUGAAUGUGAAGAAGUGCUGCAAGGGAUUCUGCAUUGAUAUCCUGAAGAAGCUGUCCAGGACUGUGAAGUUCACCUAUGACCUCUACCUGGUGACCAAUGGGAAGCAUGGAAAAAAGGUUAACAAUGUGUGGAAUGGAAUGAUAGGUGAAGUGGUCUAUCAACGAGCAGUCAUGGCGGUGGGCUCACUCACCAUCAAUGAGGAGCGUUCUGAAGUGGUGGACUUCUCAGUGCCCUUUGUGGAGACAGGAAUCAGCGUCAUGGUCUCCAGGAGCAAUGGCACUGUCUCCCCUUCUGCUUUCCUUGAACCCUUCAGCGCCUCCGUCUGGGUGAUGAUGUUUGUGAUGCUGCUCAUUGUCUCUGCCAUUGCCGUCUUUGUUUUUGAAUACUUCAGUCCUGUUGGAUACAACAGAAACUUAGCCAAAGGGAAAGCUCCCCAUGGGCCUUCUUUUACCAUUGGAAAAGCUAUAUGGCUCCUCUGGGGCCUGGUCUUCAACAAUUCUGUGCCUGUUCAGAAUCCUAAAGGCACAACCAGCAAGAUCAUGGUGUCGGUGUGGGCCUUCUUUGCUGUCAUCUUUCUGGCCAGUUACACAGCUAACCUGGCUGCUUUCAUGAUCCAGGAGGAGUUUGUGGACCAAGUGACAGGCCUCAGUGACAAGAAGUUUCAGAGACCGCAUGACUAUUCCCCUCCUUUCCGAUUUGGGACAGUACCCAAUGGAAGUACAGAGAGGAAUAUUCGGAACAACUACCCCUAUAUGCACCAGUACAUGACCAAAUUCAACCAGAGGGGAGUCGAGGACGCCUUGGUCAGCCUGAAGACGGGGAAGUUGGACGCUUUCAUCUAUGAUGCAGCCGUCUUGAAUUACAAGGCUGGGAGGGAUGAAGGCUGUAAACUGGUGACCAUUGGGAGUGGGUACAUCUUUGCCACCACUGGCUACGGAAUUGCCCUCCAAAAGGGCUCACCCUGGAAGAGGCAGAUUGACCUGGCUCUACUCCAGUUUGUUGGUGAUGGUGAGAUGGAGGAGCUGGAGACACUGUGGCUGACGGGCAUCUGUCACAAUGAGAAGAACGAGGUGAUGAGCAGCCAGCUGGACAUCGAUAACAUGGCGGGCGUGUUCUACAUGCUAGCUGCCGCCAUGGCCCUCAGCCUCAUCACCUUCAUCUGGGAGCACCUCUUCUACUGGAAGCUGCGCUUCUGCUUCACCGGGGUGUGCUCUGACCGGCCUGGGCUGCUCUUCUCCAUCAGCAGGGGCAUCUACAGUUGCAUCCAUGGUGUGCACAUUGAAGAAAAGAAGAAGUCUCCAGACUUCAACCUGACGGGGUCACAGAGCAACAUGCUAAAGCUUCUUCGGUCAGCCAAAAACAUCUCCAACAUGUCCAAUGUGAAUUCAUCAAGAAUGGACUCACCCAAAAGAACUACUGACUUCAUUCAAAGAGGGUCACUUAUUGUGGACAUGGUUUCAGACAAGGGGAAUUUGAUAUACUCAGACAAUAGGUCCUUUCAAGGGAAGGACAGCAUAUUUGGGGACAAUAUGAAUGAACUCCAAACAUUUGUGGCCAACAGGCACAAGGAUAACCUCAGUAACUAUGUGUUUCAAGGACAGCACCCUCUCACUCUCAAUGAGUCCAACCCUAACACAGUGGAGGUGGCUGUCAGUACUGAAUCCAAAGGGAACUCCCGACCCCGGCAACUUUGGAAGAAAUCCAUGGAGUCUCUACGCCAGGAUUCUCUAAACCAGAACCCAGUCUCCCAGAGGGAUGAGAAGACUGCAGAGAAUAGGACUCACUCCCUAAAGAGUCCUAGGUAUCUUCCAGAAGAGGUAGCCCACUCUGACAUUUCGGAAACCUCGAGCCGGGCCACAUGCCACAGGGAGCCAGAUAACAAUAAGAACCACAAGACCAAGGAUAACUUCAAAAGGUCAAUGGCCUCUAAAUACCCCAAGGACUGUAGUGAGGUUGAACGUACCUACCUGAAAACCAAAGCGAGUUCUCCCAGGGAUAAGAUCUACACCAUCGAUGGUGAGAAGGAGCCCAGCUUCCACUUAGAUCCUCCACAGUUCACUGAGAACAUAGCCCUUCCUGAGAACGUGGGCUUCCCAGAUACUUACCAAGACCACAGUGAGAACUUCCGAAAGGGGGAAUCCACUCUGCCCAUGAACAGGAAUCCACUACACAAUGAAGACGGGCUUCCCAACAAUGACCAGUAUAAACUCUAUGCCAAGCACUUUACCUUGAAAGACAAGGGUUCCCCGCACAGCGAGGGCAGUGAUCGAUACAGGCAGAACUCCACACAUUGCAGAAGCUGCCUUUCAAACCUGCCCACCUACUCAGGCCACUUUACCAUGAGGUCUCCUUUCAAGUGUGAUGCCUGUCUGAGGAUGGGGAACCUCUAUGACAUUGAUGAAGACCAGAUGCUUCAGGAGACGGGUAACCCGGCGACACGGGACGAGGCUUACCAGCAGGACUGGUCACAGAACAAUGCCCUCCAGUUUCAAAAGAACAAGCUAAGGAUUAACCGACAGCACUCCUAUGAUAACAUUCUUGACAAACCCAGGGAAAUAGACCUUAGCAGGCCCUCCCGGAGCAUAAGCCUCAAGGACAGGGAACGGCUGUUGGAGGGCAACUUAUAUGGCAGCCUCUUCAGUGUCCCCUCAAGCAAACUCUUGGGGAACAAAAGCUCCCUUUUCCCCCAAGGUCUGGAGGACAGCAAGAGGAGCAAGUCUCUCUUGCCAGACCACACCUCCGAUAAUCCUUUUCUCCACACGUAUGGGGAUGACCAGCGCUUGGUUAUUGGGAGAUGUCCCUCGGACCCUUACAAACACUCAUUGCCAUCACAGGCAGUAAAUGACAGCUAUCUUCGGUCAUCCUUGAGGUCAACAGCAUCAUACUGCUCCAGGGACAGUCGGGGCCACAGUGAUGUGUACAUUUCAGAGCAUGUUAUGCCUUAUGCUGCAAAUAAGAAUAACAUGUACUCUACUCCCAGGGUUUUAAAUUCCUGCAGCAAUAGACGCGUGUACAAGAAAAUGCCUAGUAUUGAAUCUGAUGUCUAAAAUCUUCCAC